AUGCCAGAAGCAGAAGCAGUAGUAGAAGGGAUUACGAACGUCCCCCUCCUUCAUAUCGUAACGACAGGGAUACUGAAUGCCAGAAGUAGAAGUAUUACUACUGCGCGUGUGACGAGUAAGAGGGAAAAGAGGCCACCGAUCUCUAUGGAUAGAUAUGGUGCUAAUGGGGGAUUUCCCAGGAGCUGGAGCCGCAGCAGCAGGGAUGGAAGUAUACGUGCGCCGUCGGAGGCAUCUGUCGCAACUGCUCGCCAUCCACACACGAAAUGGCAAAGCUAUCGAGGCAGAGCGAGCUUGAACCUCCACCCCCGAGAUCCCGCCCGAGAGAGAGAGAGAGAGAGAGAGAGAGAGGGAGAGAGAGUUGCAAAGUGGAAUGAGGAUGUAAAACGCAAUACUGAAGAAGGCAUAUUGGAUGGUGAUCCCAAAACCGGGCUAAGAUCAGUCAAUGGAGAAGAUCAUUACAGAGAAGGUUCGAAUGUACCAUCACACGACGAGUACCAACAAAGCCACCAUUCUGAACGCCCUUCUCAGACUUCCAGGCCAUCGUACAUUCCUCCUCCUCCUGAAUUAUAUGCUUCUGCCUUUCAUCCCUCUGGCAAUCGGUCACCAUUCCACGAUCUUGCUCUCCAAGCAUAUUGUAACAACUAUGCUCCCUCUAGCAAUCGGACACAUAUAUCACAUAGUCGUGAUAGCUAUGCUCCCUCUGAGACUCCGUCACAAAAACCGCGCAAUCUUCCCCCACCGCAUCGUCGUGGCACUUAUGUUGGUGGACACCAUAACGUUGGCGGGAACCAUAAUAUUGGAGCUGUGGACCUUAGGCAAAUGCAAGUGAAUGUGACGAAUAUCGAGCCCCCUGAUAUGAGUUUAAUCAAUGGAUCGAGUAGGAGAGAAAGAAGGAAAAAGAGAACACGAAUUGAGAUUGAGCAGGGGUAG